AGGAAACUUACAAGUUACAAUAUGGUGAUUAUGGAACGGCUGAAAUCUCCUCCUCCUCUCAUGAUAGUCUCAGACCUUGAUCAUACCAUGGUUGAUCAUCAAGAUCAUGACAACCUCUCUCUUCUAAGGUUCAACUCACUUUGGGAAGACACAUAUCGCCGUGACUCUCUCCUUGUCUUCUCAACGGCAAGAUCACCAAUUCUUUACAAAGAGUUGAGAAAGGAGAAACCAUUGUUGACUCCUGAUAUCAUUAUUACAUCUAUAGGAACCGAGAUAGCCUUUGGUAACUCCAUGGUUCCUGACCAUUCUUGGGUUGAGACCUUGAGCAGCGGUAAAUGGAACAGGGAGAUAGUGUUAGAAGAGACCAGCAAGUUCCCUGAGUUAACUCUUCAGCCGAAAACCGAGCAGAGGCUGCACAAGAUCAGCUUUUACAUUGAUGAAGGUAAAGGUGAGGCAGUGACCAAGGAACUUUCAGAGUUGCUGGAGAAACGUGGCUUGGAUGUCAAGAUUAUUCACAGUUGGGGAAAGAAUCUUGAUGUUAUACCAAGAGGUGGAGGAAAAGGAGAAGCUCUUGAGUAUCUUCUCAAGAAGCUUAAGGCUGAAGGAAUCGUUCCUGUCAAUACUCUUGCUUGUGGUGACUCUGAACAUGAUGCUGAGCUAUUCAGCAUCCCUGAUGUUCAUGGUGUCAUGGUGAGCAAUUCUCAAGAAGAGUUACUGAAGUGGCAUACUGAAAAUGCUUUAAACAACGCAAAGCUCAUACAUUCAAGCGAGAGAUGUGCAGAUGGGAUUCUUCAAGCUAUUGAUCAUUUCAAGCUUGGUCCAACUCUUUCUCCAAGAGAUAAUUCUGAGUUCUUGAAUGGAAAGACGGAUAUUGCCAAUCCUGGUCAAGAAGUUGUGAGAUUCUACUUGUUCUAUGAGAGGUUGAGACGCGGCGAGAUCAAGAAGUAUGAAACAUACAUAGACAGCUUCAGAGAGUCUUGUCACCAAGAUGCUGUCUUUUUCCAUCCAUCAGGUGCAGAGAAGUCUCUGAGGGACACCAUUGAUGAGCUGAGGAAGUAUCAUGGAGACAAAAGUGGGAAGAAGUUUUGGGUUUGGGUGGAUCAGGUUCUUGUUGUAGACAACAUUCCUGGGAAAUGCAUAGUGAAGUUUGAUAAGUGGGAGCAAUGCGAGGAUGAGCGUACAUGCUGCACAACCACUGUUGAGUUCACUUCAAAGGGAGGGGGAUGUUUGGUGUGGGAACAAGUGAAGCAGAUAUGGUCAGAGGAAUCAGAGCUGGAAGAUGGAAACAGUUACUGGAUUAUCUGAACCUUGUGAAUGAUGACAGUCUCCAGGAUUUGUCUUCCCUUUCUCCAUAUAGGUUUUCUAUAAGUUUUGAAAUUGUUUUUUGAUAAUUACAAAGAAAGUGUAAUAUACACUUGAGAUUUUACCUGGAUUAGAAGAAAACUAUAAAACUGAGGGCCCAACCGGUGACCUCUUGAUCUGCAGUCAAAUGCUCUACUACUGAGCUAUGGACCCAUCUAUGCAGGUUGCUGCUAUUAAGAUUAUUCAGAAAAUAGACUUCCUAUGAGUUAUGAGAAAUUAUGUUAUAUUUUUUGAACAGA